AAAUAAACCACACAUAGCAAAUAAGCCAUUACAUUUUCGUGUUAGCCAAAUUCGACACUCUCAUUGACCUCUAUACAAAAACUCCUAGCUUGGUGAGCGAAAAAAACGAAACAACGCCACAUGUUGGAGAAUAAAGAUUUUGGCCCAGUUAUCGCUCUCCCAUAACCUCCUCCUCUCUGCUUGAAAUGAAUACCUAAGGACAGUACGUUUUCCGAGUUGCUGUCGGAGUUGCGACACCGCUGAAUUGAACUGGCAGUUGCAGUUGCAGUUGGCAGUCCAAACUUCAUAGCUCACAAUGGAGAGCGUCGAAAGUGCAGCCAACAUGGAAUUGUCAACAACCUUUUCCCAGGUUGUAUUUCAGGAAAUCCCCCACUCCUAUGCGCCAAAUCUUGCCGUGAUUUGCUGCUACACUCUGACAGCAGCCAUUCAACAGAACCCCAGAGACUGGGUGGGGAUAUUCAAAGUGGGCUGGAGCACCACAAAGGAUUAUUACACAUUUGUGUGGGUAGAACCAUCAUUGGAUCCGAUGAAACAGGAUCCAAACAGAAAACAAGUGGUUUUUAGUGCAUACUACUUGCCAAAGGAUGAUGCAGAGUUCUAUCAGUUCUGCUAUGUUGAUAGCAAUGGCCAAGUGAGAGGAGCCAGCACCCCCUUUUGUUUUAAAACCUCAGGGGAACAAAGCACAGAUGGCAGCCUGGAAAACGACCUCUUGGUCAUCACAACACAGGAAAAGGUCGAGCAACGUGAGAGGGAGAAAGAAAAGCUGGUCAUGGAGUUGGGGCAACUGAAAGAGCAAAAUGAGAUUUUGAGAGGAGUCCUGAAGGAGCAACAGCAAGAGAUUGAUUGCCUCAAGCUGUCUAACGAGGAACUAUACCAGGCCGACGGGAACCUGGAGAAGCAGCAGCAGAAUGCAAGAGAGCAUGAAGAACUGACACAUAAAGCUAAAUCAAUGGAUGACUCCCACAAAGGACAGGAGGAACAGGUGGCGCAAAGUGAGAUGGAGAAAGAAGAGCUGGCCAUGGAGUUGGGGCAACUGAAAGAGCAAAAUGAGACUCUGACAAGUGCCCUAAAGGAGCAACAGCAAGAGGUUGACCGCCUCAAGGAAUCAAAAGAGGAACUUGCACAGGUAGUGAGCAAACUGGAGCAACAGCAACAUAAUGCUAGAGAGCAUGAAGAACUGACACAGAAUGCCAAAUCAAUGGAUGAAUCACACAUAGGACAGGAGUCUCUGACUCCUACUUGUGAGAAAUAUGAACGAGCAUUGAGCAAGAUCAAACAGCUGAAGAAGGAGCAAGUGGAGUUGAAAGGAAAGGUUGAGGUCCAAAGUCUGGAGAUUGCACAGCUGAGCCCAAGGCUCAGCAAAUCUGAGCAGGAGUCUUACAGACUGAAGGAUCACAUUCAACUUCUACAGGUGGAUCUCCAGAGCAGUGAGAAAGAGAAGGAGAAGCUUUCUGCGGAGUUGCACAAACUGCGUGGUCUCACACAUGACCUGGAGGACUUGAAGACUGAGAACAAGGCCUUACACAGAAGCCUGUCAGAGCAGGAGCACCAGCCACAGCAGGAGAUGGUGGACAGUGAUUUGAAGGUACAAUACCAAGCUCUUCUUGGCCAGCUGCAGGAGGCUCAGACACAGUUGCACCAGGAGCUGCAUGCUUCCAACAACACACGUAGACGUGCAGAGCAAGCAGAGGGGGAACUGGAGAAGGUCAAUGAGUGCAUGAAGCUCAUAACAAUAAGGUCUACACAGGCGGAGCAGAAAACCAGCAAACUAGAGAUGCAACUUUUAGAGUUACACAGAAUCAUUGAGGAGAAAGAAAGCAUGACAGAGAUUGCUAAAGUAGAGAAAGAGGAGUUGUCCAGAGAAAAUCAGGAACUCAAAAUAACUGUUGUGAGACUUCGCAAGGAGUUUGCUGACCUCCAGGCUGCUCCAGUGUCCAUGCAGCAUCCCAACCCUUAUGGCUCUUCAACUGACCCCAUCCCCACUGAGGAGCAGCAGCAGCAAGAUGCACUGGCUGCCUCUCUCCACUUUGGGAACCCUUAUGAGACCCCAGGCCCUGCGACAAACCCGGAGGAGUUGUCCUUGAAAUGUCGUCAUUGCCAUGAGUGCUUCCCUGGCAUCACCCCGAAUGAGCUGGAGCUGCACGAGGACAGCCACAGAGUGUGCCCCUUUUGCACCCUCAUCUGUGACGGACUCGAGCAGACCAAGUAUGAAGAACACGUCUACAGCCAUGAGGUGUAGGGAUGCCACAUCCUCACAACCCAGAGAGUUGCUGAGAGUUGACUACUCAUUAAAGAAAGCUGAUACCUUACUAAUUAUAUUAGGGGGGACAAAUAAAUACAGGCUAACAACCUAUCCACGACAUUAUAAGACAAACAUUUAAAGUCUCCUGUUAAUUACUGUAAAUGUCCUCUUACCUGGUGAAAUAAGGGUUAAUAAUUUAAUGUCUGGGAAAUCCAUAACUAAUUGAAUUUAUCAUAUUGUUUUAGACACUUUGAUGGCUAGGGUUAGGGUUGAUUGUCAAUUGUUAAUUUCGAACAUGGAGUACAAAUUUGCCUCCAUUGCUGAUCGAUAGGAAUGUAUUGAGUUGCUAUUUAAUGGUUUCCUAGGUUUACUCUAUUGCUAUUAUCUUCUGAACUACUGUAUGUUUACUUUGGCUAAUUUCCCCUUAAACCUGCUGCUAAUAUAUAAACGAUGUGUUGCAUAAUAGAGUCAAAUGAUUAAUGGUCAAAUAAUGCCCUCUGAUAAUGUAAUGGUUGAAAUUAGAUUCAUGUGGGAAGUUCAAACAACAAAGAAAGAUGUCUUCACAGUUGUGUUGGCAUGAAAACAAACAUGGUUUUGUAUCACAAACUGCAAUAUGCAAAGAAAUCCUCAGAUGUUUUAAUAGAAGGUAAUUGAAUAUAAUGACAAAUUAAAUAAAAAAUAAAUCCAUGAUU